GGGACAUGUUAGAGGCUGGCAGGGCCGCGGAACAGCACGUCUAGACUGGGUAACAGAGAACCCUUUCAGAGAUGGGCUACUUCGCCCAAAGAGGAAGGAGACGAAUGUGAACUGUGCAACUACAACCUGGGCUCGGUGUGGUGUUUCUGGACACUCAUAUGCAAGAGUUAUUUAAUGUUUAAAAUGUGGGAGAUGGUGGCGUUACCGAGAGCGAGCUCUCCCUUCCUGUCGUCUCUGACAAGAUGGCAGCAAUGCAGGCGAACUGUGCAUGGUAUGGAUUUAUAAAUCCAUAACAUGUUCAGAGAAGCCCUGGAUUAUAUUUAUAGUGACUCUAUGUGAAGGUAUGGCCUCACAAGUCUUGGUCUACCCACCACACAUUUAUCAAACCCAGACAAGUGCCUUUAGCAGUGUGAAGAAACUCAAAGUUGAGCCCAGCAACUGUAUUUACCAUGAGAGGGCACACCCGUGGACUUAUCUGAACAGCAGAACCCUUGGCAUUGUGCACCCAACCAAACAAGCCCACUCGUUUGUGAACCGAGACUUGGCGGUGGGCGUGAAGGUGCGUGGAGGACAAAAGUACCCGGUUCAGACGGUGCUGGUGCGUGGUGUACAGAGACAACAGCCCGGUAAAAGAGAAGGAGGAGGAGGACGACGACGACAAGGCCCAGCUGCGCCCCAGCAGCGACAGGACACAGGGAUUGUCCACUCGCAGGGCAAGGAGCAGCAGCAGCGGCGGCGGCAGCAGCAGCGGCAGCAGACAGACACAGCAAGUGGGAGCAGCAGUGGAGCAACAGGGGCAGGCGGAGGGGGAAGGGGAGAGGGCUGCAGCAGAGGACGUGAGGGAGGUGGGGAGGAGGAGGAGGAGGGUGACAGAGAAGAGAACUGUGGAGGUUUGAACUCGGCCGACAGCUCGCUGCGAUGUGGGCUGAAACGUAAAAGUGAGGAGCUGGAUAAUCGAGGGAGCACCAUGCAGAUUGUGGAGGAAAUGUCAAUGUUGCCUGCCAUGAUGCAAACGACGAAUGUGGGGCACGCAACCAUGAAUGCGCCUGCGGCCGUGGGGGCUGGAGGGGGCCCUUCCAAACAGGGCGGUGGUGCAGCAGGAGGAGGGGACGGGGACUAUCAGGUAGUACAGCAUGAAGUCCUGUGUUCCAUGAAGAAUACUUAUGAAGUGCUGGAUUUCUUGGGACGUGGCACAUUUGGCCAGGUUGUAAAGUGCUGGAAGAGAGGAACGGGUGAGGUAGUGGCUGUGAAGAUCCUGAAGAACCACCCUUCAUAUGCACGGCAGGGUCAAAUUGAAGUUGGCAUCCUUGCACGUCUGAGUGGGGAGAAUGCAGAUGAGCACAACCUGGUGCGAGCCUUUGAAUGCUUCCAGCACCGCAGUCACACCUGCCUGGUGUUUGAGAUGCUUGAGCAGAACCUGUAUGAUUUCCUGAAGCAGAAUAAGUUCAGCCCACUGCCCCUGAAAGUGAUCAGACCUGUACUACAGCAGGUGGCUACAGCUCUGAAAAAGCUAAAGAGCAUGGGUCUGAUUCAUGCAGACCUCAAGCCGGAGAACAUAAUGCUGGUGGACCCAGUGAGGCAACCCUACAGGGUGAAGGUGAUAGACUUCGGAUCUGCCAGUCAUGUAUCCAAAGCAGUGUGCUCCACGUACCUCCAGUCUCGGUACUAUAGGGCUCCGGAGAUUAUUUUGGGAUUGCCGUUUUGUGAAGCCAUAGACAUGUGGUCCCUCGGCUGUGUGAUAGCUGAACUUUUUCUGGGCUGGCCCCUCUACCCUGGGGCCCUGGAGUACGACCAGAUCCGCUACAUUUCACAGACACAAGGUUUUCCAGGGGAACAUUUAUUGAAUACGGGGACAAAGACGACACGGUUCUUUUGCAGAGAGUCUGACUCAACGUAUGCAGCAUGGAGACUAAAGUCAACAGAUGAGCACGAGACGGAGACGGGAAUGAAAUCAAAGGAGGCCAGGAAGUACAUCUUCGGCUGUUUGGAUGACAUAGCGCACGUGAACUUGGUGAUGAAUCUGGAAGGUAGUGACUUGUUGGUGGAGAAGGCGGACCGUCGGGAGUUUGUGGGCCUGCUGAAGAAGAUGUUGUUGAUCGAUGCAGAACAGAGGACCUCCCCUGCCGAGGCUCUCAGUCACCCCUUUGUGACAAUGCAACACCUGCUCGACUUUCCCCAUAGCAACCACGUCAAGUCAUGUUUCCACAUCAUGGAUGUUUGCUGGACUCGUCCCAGUGCAUACGAGGCGGCCAACAGAAAUAAAGGUCCUUUCAUCAGACCUGUGACCACAACCGCUGCUGCCUCUGUCAACCACCCAUACAGCAAGAUCACCGGUGUCCACGCACAAGGAUUAGCCCCAUCGGCCACUUCAGUAAUGCACCCUGGGAUACCACUGCAGGCCGGAGGUGGUCAGUUUGGAUGCAACGAUUCAUUUCAGCAGGCACUCAUUCUUUGUCCCCCAACCAUUCAAGGAAUUCCCACCAACGCAGUUAAACCAGCAGGCUACUCUGUUCGAAUGGAAGCUUCUGUGCCUCUGGUCACUCAAGCACCCCCUAUCCAGCCCAUACAAAUCAGACCUGGAGUCAUCACACAGGCCUGGUCCAACCGCGCACAGCAGAUCUUGGUGCCCACUUGGCAGCAGGUGACAUCAGUGCCCCCACCACCAACUACUUUGGCAUCUGACACUGUGGGGGGCUCACAAAGAUUGGGUGACUGGGGGAAAGUGCGUCCCCAUGGUAACCAUUACAGCUCCAUGAUUGCACACCCUCAGCCGUUCUUAACCAACCAAAUGACCAUGUCCACCCACCAGCCAAUCAACAUAGGCAUUGCACAUGUGGUGUGGCCACAGCCAGCUGCCAACAAGAGAGCAAAGCCCUGUGUAAACAGGUAUAUCACGGGCAGCAACUACUCCCAAAACACGAACGUCCAAAAUUUUGCAUGCCAGUCCCCAAAGAUGGCCGAUACAGCAAAGAAUGUGCAGCAGGUAGAAGCCAGAUGCCCAGAGGAAGGACACACUGCUGCAGAGGAGCAAAGAACAGUGCAGGUGGAAGAGGAUGAUGAGAACUGCUGCAAGGUAGAGCCAGACUGUGAGGAGCUUUCGGUUUCGCAGGAGCAGCGGCAGGCCAUGGUGAUCUCUGACCUUGGUAGCCCGACUGUUAGUGUGAUCAGUAUUAGCAGCGACGAAGAGGAGAGCGCACAAAGACACUCAAUGGGGGAGUGUAAGGGCAGUGCAGCCUGUGAGGCGUGUCAGAGCACCGUCAGUAUGGAGAGAGUGUGUUCCCUCAGCAGUCCAGACAGCACGCUCAGCACCAGCUCUUCAGCCUCAGCCCAGUCCAGCACCUCACCCUGCAAACACCCCAACAGUAUGUCAGACGACGAACAGGAGAGCGGUUGUGACACAGUGGACAGCUCGCCUGCCUCAGACGCCUCUGGCCAUAGCAACAGUCCCUUCACACAGCGACGCUUCAUCGCCGACAGCAACCAGAACUGCGAGCCCCGUGUGGCGUGCGUUGCCCCAGAGACCGAGCCCAGCAAGCCAACAGCUCGUACUGUUGUGGUGCCUCCAAUGAGAGUGCAGAACAGCAACAACAACUACCCUGCUGUCAGUGAAACAUAUGGCCACACAGGUCACAUGGCCUGGGAUUACGCUGUCUUUGUAGACCACAGAGGUUCUCACAGUCUUGGAGUCUUCAUGCCAGUCCAAAGGGCGAGGCAUUCCUGGGCGACAACAUCACCACACCACUCCCCUCCUCAACAGGCCGCAGAAGAUCACCCCUGCAUUCCAGCCCCAGCAACAGCAGCCUAUAGGCUUUGGGCAGGUGCAGCAUUUCGGUUCCUGCCAUCAGGAAUGGAACGGCAACUAUGCCCACCGGAGACCACAGGCCUAUAUCCCUCCCACCAUGCAUGGGCACACAUUCACCCUGUCCCACAGCAGCCCAAACCACACUACGGGCCCCCACCCCCACCUUGGGGGCCACCCGCACACCCAGCCCACCUUACUGUCCUACCAACCGUCUGGUCCUCUGGUCACGGCUGCACCCGUGGCCCACCUCCUGGCUUCCCCUGUAGCCUCCCGCCCCAUCCUCCAGCCCACCUACAGCAUCUCUCACCCGGCAGGCAUCGUGCAUCAGGUCACAGUGGGCAUCAACCCCCGGCUGCUGCCCUCCCCCACCUUGCACCCCCAGGGCCAAUUCAAGCCCCUCUUUCCCCCGCACUCCUACAUUGCCUCGCCCGCCUACGCCAGUUUCCCUCUCAGCCCCACCAAAAUAAACCAGUACCCUUACAUCUGAGCGUGGCUGCCCAGGUACCCUUUAUACCACCCGAGGGCUAACGGAGAAGGGGAGAAAUUUAUCUUAAACCACAAACAACAUGGUUUUCAUUUCCGAAACCAUGGCACAACCACAGAGAAAGCAAGCUAUUUUUUGAAACAUGUAGACUUGGGUGUAAUUGAACUUCAAGCUUUAAAAAAAAUAAAUAAAAGAGUUCCAAUGGUGGAGAUGAUUUGGGCAACAAUUAAGAAGGAAAUAAUGUAUGAAUGAUUGAAUGAAAGAACGAAUGAGUAGUUAAACUCACACUUAAUGUGUUUUGCACAUUUGAUAUAUAUCUUUGCAUUGGAUCUUCUACGAAUACUCCUCAAAACAGGUAAAAUAAUUGGGGUGGUGUUGAAUAGUUAGACUUUGCACCCCUGAUCCCAGCUAUUUUUCUAUAUUGCCUUCUUACGUGUGCAAGACACAUCCAUAUUUGUAAAGCCAUCCCAGUCUCUAGCUCUAGAUUGACAGAUGCACACGUUGUCCACAGUGUAUGUUGUACUGCGUUUGAAGUAUUUGUACCUUUUCGGUGUCUUUUGGUGUUAGCAAUGUCAAGUCAAUUAACCGAUUUUAUAUAGGGUUGUUCCUCACGCUGCAUGUGGUCUUGCAUGAGCAAAAAAUGUAAACGGAAAGAAACAUAGACGUUGCUCUUAUUGUUUGUGUCACAAGACUCGCUGCAUUGUAUAACUGUCCCCAGCCAUAGUGCCUUACAUAUUUGAGGUUGUUAAUGUUACUACUUAUAUAUGACUAUAUACAUGAAUAUUAAUGUACUGGACUGCAGCACUUGAAAUUCCAAUCGGUCGAUGCAUCCUAUGUGUGAGUAUGCAUAUGCACACGUGUAUAUGUCCAUGCAUAGCCUGCAUGGAAGUGAUGUAUCGCGGAUAGCGGUGCUUAUCUUUUGGAGUCAGUGUGUAGUGAGUUUUUUUUUUUUACUGUUCUUUCAAGAAGAACAGCAUGCUUUGCUGUUGCGAAUACUUACUGUUUCAUUAAAAAUCUCUUUUGUUCUCCCUUUUCCCCGAAUGAACUAGUGUACAAAGUGCAAGUACUGAGUAUAGCUUAAUAUUUGAUAAUCACUUUCUAUUUAGUGAAACUAUUAUUACAAACAGUAUUUGUACUGUUUGAUGAAACUGCAAUACAAUCUGAAAUAGUCGUCGA